CUAAUAUUAAUUAUUUUUUGAAAUCCGAUAAAAAGGCAGUCGUUAUUCGUAAUGUGCUGCACUUGCAAUAAUGUUCCUGGCGAUUUGGUUCUUUGUUAGUUGUAUCGUUUCAACUGGGUAUGCAAAAAUACAUUACAACAAAUUUCCAAAAGAUUUUAUAUUUGGAGUUGGCACAUCAUCAUACCAAAUCGAGGGAGCAUGGAACAUAGACGGAAAAGGACCAAGCAUCUGGGAUAAUUUUACUCACCGAGUACCUUCUCCAAUAUCAAAUAAUGAUACUGGGGAUGUCGCUUGUGACCAUUAUCACAGAUACAAAGAGGAUAUUCGAAAUAUUUAUAACAUAGGUUUUCAAUUUUAUAGAUUUUCCAUUUCUUGGCCCAGAGUGUUACCAACUGGUUAUAGCAAACCUAUUAAUGAAAAGGGUAUAUCCUUUUACAAGAAAAUUAUAAACGAAAUUUUACGAUACAAUAUGACUCCUGUAGUAACCAUUUAUCAUUGGGAUCUUCCACAGCGCCUCUAUGAGGAUGGUAUUGAUUGGACCAAUCCAAAAUUAGUGGAUAUUUUUGUAGAUUAUGCCAGAAUUAUAAUCUCAAGAUUUCCAGAAGUUGGACUUUGGACAACGAUUAAUGAGCCUAAGCAAAUAUGUCGUCUUGGAUAUGGUACAGGUAUUCUUGCCCCAGGUGUAAAGAGCGACGGGUUAUUGGAGUAUCAGUGUACUUAUGUUAUAUUAAAAACCCAUGCAGCAACCUAUCGUAUGUAUAAAAAGGAAUUUUCCCAUUAUAAAGCUAAAAUGUCAAUAGUUAUUGAAUGCCCGUGGUCUGAACCAUUGACGAACACCAAAUCUAACAAAGAUGCAAGUGAAAGACUCAGGCAAUUUGAGUGUGGUAUGUACAUGCAUCCCAUUUAUAUUGGUGAUUGGCCAAAGAUAGUGAAGGAUAGAAUCGCACAACGAAGCAAAUCGCAGAAUCUAACAAAAUCUCGACUACCCAGUUUCACCCGAGAAGAAAUCGCUUUUAUAAAAGGAACUCAAGAUUAUUUAGGAUUAAACUAUUAUUACACAUAUUUGGUUUCAAACAUUGCAGCAGGAGAAAAAGGAUUUACGAAUUACGAAUACGACAUGGGUGCGAUAAUUUCCGAGAAUCCUAAUUGGAAAUUUGAUAAAAAUUUACGAAAAAAUACGCCGUGGGGAAUAAGAAGAGCCUUAAAAUGGAUAAAAGGUCAAUACAAUAAUCCAGUUAUUUUAAUAACAGAAAUGGGAGUGAGUGAUGAUGGUACAACUAUACAAGAUGAUCAGAGAAUUGAAUAUUAUAGGGAGUAUUCUUGUAACAUUCUCGAUGCGAUGUACGUAGAUAAGGUCAAAGUAGUAGGAUUGGGAGCUUGGAGCUUGAUGGACAAUUUCGAAUGGAUGCUGGGCUAUAAGUCCCAUUUUGGUUUGUAUUACAUUGAUUUCUAUAAUGAUCCUUCUUUAAAACGAGUGCCAAAAAAAUCUGUCCAGUAUUUUCGACAAAUUAUAAAAUCAAGAGAAUUAAUUUGCAACAUCUAUGAUACUAAUUUUUAUUAGAGGUUU